UUCUCUUUUCCCUCUCUUCGCUCACUCACGCGUUACCUUCAUGCCGUUACUGUAAUGGAAUCUUUCCAUGCUCCGAAUCCCCAAAAUUUUCGCCGUCAACGUCCGUCACCCUAGCUUUCAUCCCCUUCUGUCCGUUUCCGUCACGGUGUCCCCUCCUCCGUUACCAAAGGGAAAGCCAAUGGCGUCUCGUGAUUCGAUGGUGGCAGAAUACGCUAAAUCAAACCGGUCGUCGUGCAAGGCGUGUUCCGAAGCCAUCAAAGCGAAGACACUGCGGUUAGGUUUGGUUUCCAAAGGCGACGGUCCUUACAACGUCGUUAAAUGGCACCAUCUCCAUUGCUUCCCUCUACCCUCUCACUCUCCCUCUUCUCCUGAGACCAUCAAUGGCUUUUCCACCUUGAAGAGUAGUGACCAGGAAGCCCUGAAGAACUUAUUUGCUGAGAAUGUCAAGUCUGAAGAGAAGGUGAGAGCCCAAUUCUUGCUUUCUGUUAUGAAGAGUAGUGACCAGGAAAGUCUGAAGAAGUUAUUUGCUGAAAAUGACAAAUCUGAAGAAAAGGUUCAUAAAGCAAAGAGAGAUGUACAAAAUGAAACGCAAAUGAGUGAAGAACCUAAUUCAAAGGGAAUGAAGUUGUGCACACCUGAUGUUAUUGCUAUGGUGAACAUCAACUUUUCAGUUUCUGAUGUCACGAGCAAGUACAAGGAUGCUACCCUUUUACCAAAAUGGAAGGCGUUCCAAACUGUCAUUUUUCUUGAUCGGGAUGAUGGUCUGCAUGAUUCAACUAAAAUUGCUGCUUUUGAUUUCGAUGGGUGUCUUGCAAAAACUGCACUGGCAAGAGUGGGUCCAAAUGCUUGGUCCCUCAUGCAUUCGUCAAUUCCUGAUAGACUACAAAGCCUAUACAAUGAUGGUUACAAGUUGGUAAUUUUCACCAAUGAAUCCAAUAUUGAACGUUGGAAGAAUAAGAGACAACUAGCUGUGGACUCUAAAGUUGGACGUCUAAAUAAUUUCAUUGGGAAAGUGAAGGUUCCAAUUCAGGUUUUUAUAGCCUGUGGGCUAGGUAAAUCAGGAGGUAAAACUAUCCAAGAGGAAGAUCCUUUUCGCAAACCCAAACCAGGGAUGUGGCAUCUUAUGGAGAAACACUUCAACUCUGGCAUUGUCAUUGAUAUGGAUCAAUCCUUUUAUGUUGGUGAUGCAGCAGGGAGAGAAUCAGAUCACAGUGAUGCUGAUAUUAAAUUUGCAGAGGCCGUUGGUUUAAAAUUUUAUGUCCCGGAAGAGUACUUCGCCUGAACAUCUAAUUUGGUCUUUGGUUCAUAGAAAGGUUAUGGUCUUGAGGACUUGGAAGUUCCAGUUUUGUUUGGAAGCGACAUUACCAACUGGGAUGGUAUUUUUCUGUUGGCAACAUGGAUGUAAAUAUAUUAAUCAUAAUGUCUACUAUUUUCUGGGAAAUCCUAAUUUAGCUUUUUUCGUUUCAAUUCCAUUAUUAUUCCCUUUAUUUCAUUUCAAAAUAGGUGUAACUUCUCAAGAAACUGAACCAUGAUUUUGGUGGACCAAGAAAAAAG